AUGUUACUAAUGUUAAGUUUCUUUGCAGACUGCUUCUCUUUGAGUACGAUGUCAGCGUGUUGCUAUGGUAGCCAAAAUGACACGUUUUUAAAUAUAUCAUUGAAAUACACAAUGAACAAUUCGAAUCCUUUCCAAAGUGAGCUAAGUUUGCCGACAACAGGAAGAUUUGAGUGGAUCGAUGAUAAAAAUGAACUUGUGUUCAUCAAAUUUACUAAUCAAAAAUCACAAAAGUCUAUUUAUUCACAAAAAAAUCUUUACAAAAAAAGUCAUAUGAAAAUUGUUGACGAAAUUCGCACAAUAACUAUAGAGGAUAUAAAAUCUGUUGCUUUGACAAGACUAAAAGCAUCAGGAAAGCAUUUCCAAUAUUCCCAACACUUUGCUAAAAUGAUCAAAUCACCAGAAUGUGACAAACUAUUGAUCAGUUUGGCGAAAUAUUUCGAAUGUUAUUUCAAAAUAUUGAAAUUUAAAGAAAAAUUUACCGAUGAAAAAUUAUUACCUAAUGUAAGCCAGUUAAAGGAACAAGAAGACUUACAUAAACGAAUAGAUAUACUAAAAUAUGAUUUUUCACUUGCGUAUGCUAAAUUCCUACUACUUGAACGAAGUCUAAUGCAUAACAUAUGCCCUAGACCAACUGAUCCAGUUGCAACUGCAAAAACAGACCAGAAUUUAUAUGAAACAUUUUUUUGGUUUUUUGUUUUUUGCAUGUGGAUAACAUUUCUACGAACAAGAUUUAAAGAAAUCUGUGCCCAAAUUGGAUGGUUUACAAGAUCAGAAAUGUUCAAUUCCCUUGGACGACAAGGCGCUUCCUAUUUUGGUCAGAAAGGCGAACUCGAUAGUAAGAAUACCAAGAUAUAUCAGACACAAUUACCCCGAGCAUCGAUGCUAAAUAAAUGCUCACCAGCCUUAAGGCUUAUAUUGCCUGAUGCGGAAGAAAAUAUAGCUAAAAUUCACCUGAACAAAAGUAAAGAUAAGCAAAGAAAGUUUCAUGUGACUGAGACUAAUGCACAUGAAGAAAAUGAAAAAAUAGGUAUUCUUGGAGACUAUCGACAUUUAUAUGACGAUCAACUAAUACUAAAUAAACAAACUGCUGACAGCGACCAAGCAAAGCACGAAGAUGAUAACGACAAUAACGAUGAAGAAGACCAAGAGAAAGAUGACAAGAAAAGUGUAUAACUUGGAGUACAUGUAAAUUAAUUGGUGGAGUUUAAACAGGUUGGAAAAGGUCGACAAUUCCUAUCUCUGAAUCUAACUAACAGUUAUUAGUCUAUAAAUAAACACAGAAUUGUAGAAAUAUUAUUUAUUUAUUUUCGAAACUUUUGUGAUUUUUAUUUUUAUUGACACCUUGAACCAACUUUCAAACAAACUCUAAUUCAUUUAAAUCUUUUCAUCCGGCACCAAAUUACAGUGAUAUAUAGAAGCUAAAUUAUUGUUUUUACUCGUGAAAUUGUCACCGAGAAGGAAAUUGUGUAAAAUCCUUUCUUAGAAAUUAAAAAUUUCAAGUUAUUAAG